AUGCUGAGUCUCAAAUUACCCAGGCUGCUGAGCAUCAACCAAGUGCCUAAGGGCUACCAGGAGCAGGGGAUCCUCUUUGGGUACCGCCCCCCCAGGAGCUCCGCUGCCGAUUGUCUCCUCAGCGUCUUCCAGAUGACCAACGAGACCCUCAACAUCUGGACUCACUUUGUGCCUGCCUGGUACUUUGUGUGGACCCUGGUGGGGCGGCUGAGGGGGCCGGGUGGCCCUGAGGACCCCCAUGCCUGGCCCCUCCUUGCCUACCUGCUGACCUGCUGCAUCUACCCCCUGGCCUCCAGCUGUGCCCACACCUUCAGCACCAUGUCCACCCAUGCCAGGCACAUCUGCUACUUCUUUGAUUACGCAGCUCUCAGCAUGUACAGCCUGGGGUCAGCCCUGGCAUACUCAGCAUACAUCUUCCCAGCUGAGUGGGUGGACAGCACCUUCCACCACUGCUACGUGCCCAUCGCCCUGCUCAACACCGUGCUCAGCACCAGCCUCUCCUGCUACUCCAGGUUUGUGGAGGUGGAGCAGCCCAGGUUCAGCAAGGCUUCCCGCACCCUGGCCUUUGUGUACCCCUACCUGUUCGACAGCAUCCCCCUCUUCUACAGGUUCUACCAGUGUGCAGCAGAGAGCUGCACAGAUGCUUCCAUCCUGCUCCACUACAAGCACACCUUCCUGGCCUUCCUCACCUGCUUCAUCUUCGCCAGCCACCUGCCAGAGAGGCUUGCCCCAGGACACUUUGAUUACAUCGGGCACAGCCACCAAGUUUUCCACGUCUGUGGGAUCAUGGGGACGCACUUCCAGAUGGAGGCCAUCAUGAUGGACAUGGCUGAGCGACAGGACCAGCUCCAGGCCCCCUUGCUGCUCCCCUCCUCCCUGCAGACCCUGGGCUCCAUGGGGGUCUGCAUGGCCAUCAGCUUGGCUGUCAUUGGGCUCUGCUCCACCUUCCUGUCCUUCAUGCCAGAAGCUCUGCAGAGAGAAAAACCUCACAGGUGUUAG